GUGACUUCCUGAUUUUCCUCCCCUUAUAAACACAAGUGCAGGGCUGGGGUCCCAGGGAGUCAGGAGCAGAGAGCCUGGGGCACUCAGGCCAGCUCUGCCCGCACACCUGGAAGAUGAAGGUCUCCGCAGCUGCCCUCCUCUUCCUCAUCCUUGCUGCUGCCCUUGGACCCCCGGCCCAUGGAUACCCCGGUAGUGGAUCCCCACCCCAGGAUGCUGAUUUGGGUAUGCAGAUACAUGACAUGAAUCAAUCUGAUUGGAGCCACCUGACUGUUUUAAGAAGCUUUGGAGCGACAGGCGUGCACCGUCCCAGUGACUGCUGCCCCUCCUACACCCCCCGAAAUAUCCGAUGUGGAAACAUGGAGAGUUUUUACAAAACAAGCAGUGCAUGCUCCCAGCCUGCUGUAAUCUUCUUAACCAAGAGCAGGAAAAAGGUCUGUACCAACCCCACCAAUGAGAGAGUUCAGGAAUGCAUGAUGAAGCUGGAGUCAAAAAACACACUGGGAAAUGUGUCGGUUGAUGAGAAGCUGCACUAGAUGCCACACACCCGCCUCCACUCUCUCACCUUCUGGGAGUUUCCUGGGUUUCCUGGCCUGAAUUCUUUUGUCAAAAGCAACAAUUAUUGUACUCUUCUCUGCAAAAACUGUGCACCAGUAAAAAGUAUCCAAUUUAACUUCACUUAAACUUUAGGAGGAAUAAGAAAUGCAGAAAUUGCGAAACUUUGGAUUUGUGCUUUUUUUGAAAACGAGACAUCAUGGAAUAGUUUUUUAAGAAGGUAAAAACAUGACUCAUUCGAGUACAGAUGGAGUACGUGUCACAGAUGCACUGAACCCACUAAUGAGGGAACCAUGAAACUGCUUCCAUGAUUAUCUGGGGAUUAAAGAUUUACACAGUUAGUUGGGAAUGGCAUUCUGCAACUUAGAGAAAAACUGAGUAAUACCCAAGAUUGCAAUAUAACUGUCACUUCUGGAUUGUCUUUUCUACUGGGAAAAAAAAAACACUUGCAUCUGCUCCAGACAAAAAUUGCUAAGUUCACAGGGAAUCUCAGAAAGUCUGGGGCCUGAUCCAGAGCAAACAGAACAGCAAUCAGAAAUGCAUUUCCCAAGGGCGGGUAAAUUGCUUCCCAGAUAAGGCAAAGUUAAAGGAGUUCAUCAUCACCAAGCCCUCAUUCUAUGAACUGUUAAAGGGACUUAUUUAAGAAAAGACGGACAUCAACACUAUGAAAAAUGACAACAA